UUCAGCAAUUGUUUAAAAUAGUAGUAAAUUGAAAUGGAUUAAAAACAUUGAUAUCUAUGUGGUUAAAAAACUCAAAAUCCUCUUAUUCCUGCAAAGCUGAAACAGACUAAGGAUGCUAAUCUUUGACCAUUCAGGUUAGCUGAAGGCAUAAAGAAGUCAUUUAUUGCCCAAAUGAAAGCUGUUUCCCACCUCUCGGAAAGUGAAGAUUGGCCACCAGGGAAGGUGAGUGGUCAGGAGAAGGCUCAAAUAUUUCUUUCCCCCAAGCUCAGCUCUUGAGAGCCAUCACUGAUGCGCUCCUUGCCUUCUGCAGUGACAUCAGUUUCAUCAUCAGCUUCUACUCUGGAAAUUCUCUUGGCAUCUCAGAAUGUCCAGGGUUACCAUAGGGACAGGAGUAAACACUUUUAAAUGAUUCCAGCCUUACUGACCAUUUUUUACUGGAUGCUGAGUGGUUAGCAGGCAGCGUCCAUGUCUAUCAUUGUUCGAGAUAUAAUAUUUCCCCCAUCAUGGCUGGUAGGAAUUGGGCCAUCUUGCUGUUUGAAGAAAUCUCUUCUUUCUCCAGAAGACCCAGUUAGGGGGAAAUAGUUGCAUAACAGAGGCAGAGCUGGGGAAAGGAGAAGGUUUGGGGGUGGGCUAUACAAGAGAAGGAAAUGAUAGAAAGAAAGUCAGAAGAAAACCAAGAGGGUGAGCCAUCUUUCAAUCCAAUUUUGGGAAAUUCUUGACUUUUUUUCUUGGAUGUGCUCAUAUAUUUGGCACUAUAUUCAGUGGAGUUUCAUAUCCACUUCCAAUAAAUAUUUCUUAAUCUAGUUUUUGAUAGAAACAUCUAUUUAAUUCUAUUUCCUCAUCACAUCAAAAGUUUAGCAGGGGGACUGAUGGAACUGAGGGAGGAAAAGAAAUGAGCAUCACAAGCCGAACUGCCUUGCUUUAUUUAUAUGUGGCCAAGGAGACAGUUUGGUACUCUUUGAAGCCUAACCCGAACCCUACCUUCCCUGACAUUUCAGGAUCAGGACCUAGAUCCAAAAAAGAAUCACAGAUGUUCUCUGAUUGAAACAGAAAAUAUGGUUUCUGACUUCUGUUCUUUUUAUAUGUGUUUUACAGAUCAGGUGCAUAACACAGACACCCCGGAAAAUCAGAACCUUCCGCCUCGCAGUUGCCCAAUACUAAUAGCUGUAUCCGCUCUAGGAAGCAAUCUUCCCAACUUCUCUGGAAUGGCAACACCAGUUCUGAGCAACCUUUGGAUCCAGCCUCCUUUUCCCCAUCUGCCUGUUCGGUUGAUCCCAGGCAACACCAGCCUCCAAACAUUUCUACCUCCAGGAGUCUCGCACCUCCAAACCGUCCAUGGGGAACAGCUGCAGUUAGCCAACCUGGCCGCCUGUAACCCUCCCGUGUCUGCCUUUCCUCAGCCUUUCUACGCACCUCGGCCACCUCAGUAUGAAACUCUUGCUGACACUGACAACCAUCAGCAGAUCCCCAGGCCACCCUACCCCCACCAUCGGCUUUCCGGUCCUUCUUUGCAAGAGGUCAGAGCCCCUGAAGAUACUUUCCAUCUUCCAGGAUCUCUGGAUCAGCAAAGAAGUAGCCAUCAUCAGUUUGUGGGAUCACCUUUGGUUCCUUCUUCAUCUUUACACUAUGAUUUGGAGGACAUUCCUCAUCUCCUUCCUGGGUUGGAAGUGGGCCAAGCUCCAGGAGGACACCUGUCAGAUGCCAGUAUGGAGAUUGAGGUCCCACAGGCCUCUCCAGACCAAGAAGCAUCAGAGCCAGACCAUGGCGAAAGUUUUGGGCUGAGUGAUAGUCAGUUCCAUCUGCCAUCAAAGGGCAAAGGGAAAAGAAAAAUCCCUUGGACUGAAGAAGAGCCUUCAGCGAAAAAAUGCAAGGAGGAGGAGAAAACUCAGCAUCAGAUGCCAUCUAAGACGAGGGCAAAAAGGCAGCAGAGAAACAAACCUUGCAAAAAUAUCUCUGUAAAGGUGGCAGAAGAUGCUCCUAAGACAAAAAUAUUCCCCUGUGUUCUGGAAGCCAUGCAAAAUCAGCUCCAGGAUAAGAUGCCUACUGAACUUCUGACCAUACAUGAAGACCCAAAGGUUGCGCUUCUUGAACUUCUUGCACAACAGCCUGGUGAACAAAGUGACUCUUCUGCUUCCAAAGGUUCUCAGACUGUCCACACCCCUUCAGGCUUGGAGAAGAGUCCGCCUAAAAGCCAAAGUAAACAGGAAGCAAGGAAAAAUGUGAGCCUGUGUGGGACAAAAAGCAGAAAGUGCUACCCCAGAAGAGAAGCGGAAGGAGCCCCAAAGCCCGUCCUAAAGACCAACCUGGCUUGUAAACUGAUGCAGUCUGUGCAAGUGUUCCACCCACUGGGGAAGCCGAACGUUUCGUCUCUACCAAGCAAGAAAGUCCAUUCCGUUCUACCUCACAACCCCGUUCCAGACAAUCUCAUCCCAAAGGCAAAGCUUUCGCCCAAAUCAUCAGCUAAUCCAUCUUCCCAACCUCUGAUCACUGCACUGAAGCCACCAUUGCACUUUCUACCUGCCUCUCAGCUGCAUCCCCAAUACAAGCCACCAGCAUCCUCCGUGUCAGAAUCACCUUCAUACCCCCUAUCCAAACCUUCACCCCAUUGUCUGACCAAGCCACAAUCACAGCCUUGGCAGAAACGCUCGUUAAUUCCUGUGCCUGUGCCUACUCAGCCACCAAAGACCCGGGGGAAGCAGGGGCCCCUUGCCACAAUCCCACCUGCAACAAAGACCUUGGAUUCUGCAACCCAGCCUGCAGCUCCUGGAAAAAACAUCAGUCUGGGGUCGAAGCCAGCUGAUGUAGCACCAAAUGUUGGACAGUCAAGCAAUAUUGCAGCACCAGCCAAAGACCCAGUGCCCAAAGGUCCACCUUCAUCGCCACCAUAUAAGGGGGACACAUACAGACCCUGGAGAAUGCCCCCCCCCGACCUGGAGGCCUCGCAACCCAUCACGGAUGAACAAUGGCCCAUUCGGGAGAAGAUGAAACGAGAAGCUCAGAAGGAGAGGGAGGAGGCAGCCUGCUGGACUUCGUUGGGGAGAAUCAAGGUUUUCAAGGAGCGGGAGAAAGAAAUGGACGUAUCCCUACAUUAUGGCUAUCCCAGCUUUGGCUGUCCUUGGAGAACGUCCACUUGGGCUUGUCCAUCUGGAAGACUACAGGCUGGGAACGUACAACAGUUGGGAUCGGACUUUCAGUCAACAAUGAGGGGGUCAUCAACCAAUAUGUCCCAUGACCGCAUUGCUUAGCACUCACCAUCCCAGCGAUCACGCUUGUGGUUGUU